CAGCAUUCCUUCACUUUCAACCUGCACUCAUUCCUCUCCUCUCCUCUCUCCUGAAUCUUCUGGCUCUUUGAUCACCUCGUAUCGCAACUUGAACUACAAUAUACUCACUUGACAUAGGAUUUAAACCGGAUUUAGUCUUCGAAAAUGGCGAGCGUUGUAGGUAUCGAUUUGGGCAACUUGUCCUCUAAAAUUGGUGUGGCCCGUCGUAAAGGUAUAGACAUCAUUGCGAAUGAAGUCUCUAAUCGCGCCACUCCCUCCCUUGUCUCAUUCACCCCCCGACAACGCUUCAUAGGUGAAUCGGCAAAAACCGCUGAGACAUCCAAUUUCAAGAACACCGUCGGAUCGUUGAAGCGUAUGAUCGGCAGGUCAUUGUCUGACCCAGAGGUAGCAGAGUUUGAAAAGAAGUUCAUCAAUGCGGAAUUGGUGGAUAUCAACGGUCAGGCUGGUGUAAAGGUCCAAUAUGUCGGAGAAACGUCCAUUUUCUCUUUCACCCAACUUGUCGCUGCCUAUCUUGGUAAACUGCGUGAUAUCGCCGCCAACGAACUUCAGCAGGCCGUCUCGGACGUCGUGAUUGCAGUGCCUGCAUGGUACACCGAAAUCCAGCGUCGUGCAGUGUAUGACGCCGCCACUAUCGCUGGAUUGAAUGCUCUUCGACUGAUCAACGACACCACCGCUGUCGCUUUAGGAUACGGUAUCACUAAAAGCGAUCUUCCAGAAUCAGCGGAAUCUCCCCGUCAUGUCUGUUUCAUCGAUGUCGGUCACUCCACCUAUUCCGUCACCGUGGUAGCUUUCUCCAAAGGUCAAUUGACCGUCAAAUCCACAGCUUGUGAUCGUAAUUUUGGUGGACGCGACUUUGACUACGCCCUCGUCCAACAUUUUGCCACCGAGUUCAAAACCAAAUACAAGAUCGAUGUCAUGUCAAGCCCCAAGGCUGUUUUCCGACUUACCACUGGCUGCGAGCGUCUCAAGAAGGUCCUUUCGGCAAACGCUGAAGCUCCUCUCAACGUCGAAUCUAUCAUGACCGACAUUGACGCCAGCUCUUCGCUCAGUCGAGAGACGUUCGAGAAUCUGGUCGAUCAUCUCUUAUCUCGCUUCAACGCUCCUUUGGAGCAGGCAUUGUCAGAAGCCGGUCUGACAGUCGAACAGAUUGACGCCGUCGAGCUCGUUGGUGGGUCAACCCGUGUCCCAGCUAUCAAAGAGCGUAUCCAAGCCUUCUUCGGUGGCAAGAUUCUCGGCUUCACUCUCAACCAAGAUGAAGCGGUGGCGAGGGGUGCGACUUUCGCUUGCGCUGCUCUUUCUCCCGUAUUCCGCGUCCGUGACUUCGCCGUACAUGAUAUCACCAAAUACCCUAUCAAGGUGUCAUGGGAAAAGGAGCCUGGAAACCCUGACGAGGAUACCGAGCUUGUCGUAUUCCCUUCGGGUAAUAACAUUCCUUCGACCAAAGUCCUCACCUUCUAUCGUCAAGGUCCGUUCGAGCUUGAAGCAAGGUACGAUGAAACCGCUGUUUUGCCGGGUGGUACCAGCCGCUGGAUUGGGAAAUACACCAUCAAGGGCGUGGAGAAGCCCGCCUCUGGCGAUUUGGCUUGCGUCAAGGUCAAGGCGAGACUGAAUCUACACGGUAUCAUGAGCUUUGAAGGCGCAUACAUGGUUGAGGAAGUAGAAAAAGAGGAAAUUGUGGUGACUGGCGAAGGUGAUGAGAAGAAAGAAGAGAAGAAAUUGGUCAAAAAGCUGCAGCGCCGUGGAGACUGUUCGGUCGUCGGUCAAUACACUUCACUCCCGAAGAAUGUCGUCGAUGACUGGACGGAGAAUGAAGGUAAGAUGCAUGAAGAGGACAAGCUCGUCUUGGAAACGGAGAACUGCAAGAACGCCUUGGAAGAAUACGUUUACGACAUGCGAGACAAGCUCGACUCGCGAUACAAAGUUUAUGCUACGGAGGCGGAGAAGAGCGCUCUUUUGUCUGGUCUUUCCGAAAGCGAGGACUGGUUGUACACGGAGGAAGGAGAGGAUGCCAAGAAGUCUGAGUAUAUCCAAAAACUCACCGAUCUCAAGGUCAAGGGAGAUCCCAUCGUCCUCCGAUGGAAAGAGAAUGACGAACGACCUAAAGCUGCUGCGGCGCUCCGUGAAGCACUCAACUUGUACUUAACUCAAGCUCAAAGUGGAGAUGAGAAGUAUUCUCACAUCACCGAGGCUGACAAAGGUAAAGUGAUUGAGAAAUGCGCCACGACCCAACAAUGGCUCGACGACCAACUCGCUCGACAAGCUGAGAAACCUAAAAAUGUCAAUCCCAUCGUCACUUCCAGCGAGAUGCUCAAACGUAAAGACGAUGUUGUGUACACUUGUGCGGCUAUCAUGAACCGUCCCAAGCCCAGGCCAAAGGUCGAUUCCACCACUGGAUCGGGUACUCAGACGCCCAAGAACGAGGGAAAGACACCGAAAGAGGGAUCUGAGGUGGAUAUGGACGAGCAGGGACCUAAGAUUGAGGAGAUGGAUGUUGAUUAGGGACCGGGUUUACAGAUAGAAGAGGAUAGAAAUCAUGAUUAUAGCAUGCACGGUUGUCUCACCUUUCG